AUGUCGUCCACAACUACUACACUCAAGCUCCAGGCGAUUCCUGUUGAUAAGGAAAUCGAGAAUCUGAUUAGAUCAUCCAAGGAUCUGGCUGUUGGUCUCAGCUCCAAUGACACCAGACACUUUGGUCCUGACCCAGAUGGAUUGGAAAUUCUUCCUGAAACUACAAGAAAGAGAUUAACCGAUGCUGGCAUUGAUAUCUCCGAGGGAUACCCUUCGAGACCAGACAAGUCUCUGAUUCCAAUCUACGUUGACGAGGCAACUGCAAUCCGUGACGACGAUUACGAGUACAUUGAGCGUGCCAAGAAUGCUGACCCUGAAAAGAAGGCUCUUCUUGGCGCUGCAAAGGAAGUCAUCCACCUUACCAAGCAUAUUGGCACUGAGAUUGUUGGUUUACAACUUGAGGACUUGACCGAUAAGCAAAAGGACGAGUUGGCUUUGCUGGUUGCAGAGAGAGUCGUUGUCUUCUUCAGAGACCAAAAGCUGUCUCCACAGAAGCAACGUGAGCUUGGUGACUACUGGGGACGUGUUGAGGAGCACCCACAGGCUUCCCAGGUUAACGGUUUGCCUGGUGUCUCUGUCAUCUGGCAAGACUACUUCCAGAAGUCUCUUGGAACUGGUCUUACUUUCAAGAACAACAACCUCGGAAACUGGGACGCAGUCAAGAACUCUAUCAGAGGUACCCAAGUCUGGCACUCCGACCUGGUCCACGAGAAGCGUCCAGCUGGUAUUACUCACUUGCACCUGGAUGCUAUUCCAGAGACUGGUGGUGACACCUUGUGGUCUUCUGGAUACGCUGCUUACGACAAGCUUUCCGAGGAGUUCAAGAAGUUCCUCGACGGUAAGCAGGCAGUCUUUGUUUCUGCUCACGGAUACCUCGACAGAAAGAACCCAUUUGCUGGUCCAAAGAAGGUCGAGAGAGUUCAUCCUUUGGUGAGAACUCACCCUGCUACCGGAUGGAAAUCUCUGUACGUUAACAGAGGAAUGACCAAGAGAAUUAUUGGUCUGUCGUCUGUGGAGUCUGACCUUAUCCUCAACUACUUGUUUGAUGUUUACGAGAAGAACGCUGACAUUCAAGUCCGGUUCAAGUGGACUCCUUCUCAACCUGGUUUGGGUACCUCUGCUAUUUGGGAUAACAGAGUGUCUCAGCACAGAUCUACCUUCGACCAUGAGGGCAAAGAUCCUCGUCACGGAACCAGAGUCACCUCUUUGGCUGAAUUGCCAGAGUUUGACCCUAAGUCCAAGUCCCAAAGAGAGGCACUUGGUCUGCCACUCGACGAGAAGGACUUCUACUAA